AUGGACACCGCCUCUAACUCCGUUGCGCCCACCACCUUCAAUGGCGCCACGUUCGCGGCUGCCCUUCCCGGUGCGACUGCUCCGCUCGGCUACUUCGACCCCCUCAACUUCUGCGCCGAGCGCGACGAGGAGACGAUCCGCUUCCUCCGUGAGGUCGAGAUCAAGCACGCGCGCGUCGCGAUGCUCGCCGCGCUGGGCUUCCCCGUGGCCGAGCAGUUCCAUCCGCUGUUCGCGUCAGAUGACGCCCCCUCGUACGUCGCCUUCCAGCAGACGCCGCUCCAGACCUUCUGGCCGGUGGUUGUCGGCGUCAUCGCGGUCGCCGAGGUUUUCUCGGUCUUCACGUUUGAGAACCCGGGCACCAAGCUCUGGGGCAUCCGCAAGGACCACGUCCCGGGCGACCUCGGGUUCGACCCGCUCGGCCUCAAGCCGUCCAACGCCGCUGCCCUCGCCGAGAUGCAGACCAAGGAGCUCAACAACGGGCGGCUCGCGAUGAUUGCCAUCGCCGGAAUGGUCGGGCAGGAGCUCGCCACCGGCAGCAAGCUGUUCUGA